AUGUCUGGAUCGUCUCGUGAAAUUCCCAUGCCAACCGAGUAUAUUCAGCCAAGAGAAAGAUCGAAAUUUGUGCAAGCAAAUGAGUUUGAAAAUCAAGAGAUUGAGCAUGUUCGGCCGCGACUAAGUUCAAUUUCUGAAACUGUGAGAACGAAUGUAUAUGAAGAUCAGCAAUGGGAGCAUAUCCGACCAAAACAUAGUUCAAUUUCUGAACAUGUGCAAACAAAUGAAUAUGAAUAUCAGCAAGGGAUCGAGCAUGUUCGACCGAGACUAAGUUCGGUUUCUGAACGUGUGCAAGCAAGUGAAAAUUGGAUUCAGCGGGAGAUCGAGUAUGAUCCAGCAAGACUAAGUUCAGUUUCAAAAUAUGUGCAACCAAGUGAAUACGAAGAUAAGCAAGGUAUAGAGUAUAUUCAAUCGAGAACAAGGACAAUUUAUAAAAUUGAGCAAACAGAUGAAUAUGAAAUGCAGCAAGGGAUUGAGCAUAUUCGACCGAGACCAAGUUCAGUUUCUGAAUUUGUGCAAGCAAAUGAAAAUGAAAAUAAGCAAGGGAUCGAGUAUAUUCAACAUAGGAUGAGAUCGGUUUCUGAACUCGUGGAGGAAAAUGUAUAUGAAAAUAAGCAAGGGAUCGAGUAUGUUCAACAGAGGAUGAGAUCGGUUUCUGAACUCGUGGAGGAAAAUGUAUAUGAAAAUAAGCAAGGGAUCGAGUAUAUUCAACAGAGGAUGAGAUCGGUUUCUGACCUUGAGGAGGAAAAUGUAUACGAAAACCAGAGAAUCGACCAUAUUCAACCAAGACUUAUGCAAGCAAAUGAAGUACAUGGAAACCAGCAAGGGAUCAACUACAUUCGACCAAGACUGAGUUCAAUUUCUGAACUUGCGCAAGCAAACGAGUAUGAAGAUCAGCUAGGGAUUGAGCAUAUUCAACCGAGAUUAAGAUCAAUUUCUAAAUUUGUGCAGGAAAAUGAAUAUGAAAAUCAGCAAGGGAUCGAAUACAUUCAAUCGAGACUAAGUUCAAUUUCUGAACUCGCGCAAGCAAACGAGUAUGAAGAUCAUCUAGGGAUUGAGCAUAUUCAACCGAGAUUAAGAUCAACUUCUAAAUUUGUGCAGGAAAGUGAAUAUGGAAAUCAGCAAGGGAUCGAAUACAUUCAGUCGAGACUAAGUUCAAUUUCUGAAUUUGGGGAAGGAAAUAACUAUGAUGAUCAAGAAGCAACCGAGUAUGCUCCAAAACCACGUUCAAGCACAAUUUCUGAAUCUGAACAAGCAAAUGAGUAUGAAAAUGAGAAGGAAUUGGAGUAUAAUUCAACAAGGUAUAGUGAAAUGUUGCAAGCACAGGAAAAUGAAAAUUUUCAGCAAGUUGAUUAUAUUCGACAGAAACUAAGAUCAACAGUGGUCACCGAUGAUGCAUCAUCAGAGAAUGCAGAUCAAGAUGAAAACCGUCGAGGACUCAGACAUGUUACUUUAGUAGAAAGUUCAACAAAGGAAACAACUGAACUCGAAAUUCAGCAAGAGAUGCAUGACAAAGUGCUGGAUAUGUUUCCUGAACACAAAUUUACUUCACGUGUCCUGAAGUUUGAUGAGCACCUGCAUUGA